UGCAUCUGAGCACAAAUAAGCCCAAAUCCACGACCACAUGAGACGGUGAGAGCGAGGGAACAGAAAGUUCGACUUUCUUCCGACUCCCCAUAUUAUCUUUCUUCAAAAUGAGCCCUAAUUUUGCAACAAUUUUGAUUUCUCAAUUUUGUUAAAUCACCUUAAGUUAUUAAUUUCACUAUUUAUUUCGUUUGAUUCACUUUUUAAACGAGAAACAAAGCACUUUAAGGAAUUUUGUUGUGAAUAAGAAGUUGCAAUGCUAGCAAGAAGAUUUAAAUGUAGGAAACAGAGAUGGGAGUAUUAUUUACAGUCGAUAAAGUACUCAAUAAGAGUGAAUACUAGUGAUUGCUCUAGCGUCGGAAGCAACAAUGGAAGUUCGAUUGUUAGGAACAAUUGUUUUAGGAAUAAUUUGGCGAGAGAUGGUAGGUUGAAAUCGAGGCGGGAGGUUGUUGCUUUAAGCAGUUCUUUGCCAUUGAAUUGGAGGUCAUUUACGUCUUGGAAUGGUGGUCAUUUGCGAUUUUAUAGUUCGGAAGGGGGUGGGAAUGCCAGAGAUGAGGAGCAUGUAUCGGUGAAAGAUGGGGUGAACGUUGGUAAGAGUGAUGCUGUGCGGACAGAAGGUAGAGUGGCAAUACAGCAAUUUGAUCAGCAUGCUAGACUAGGGGAGCAGGACCAAAAGGAAUGGCUGAAUAAUGAGAAGAUAGCCAUUGAGAAUAAAAAAAAAGACUCCCCCUUUCUUAGCAGGCGGGAAAAGUUCAAGAAUGAAUAUUUGCGGAGGAUUGUGCCAUGGGAGAAACUAACUGUUUCGUGGGAAACAUUUCCCUAUUAUGUCCAUGAACAUACCAAAAGCCUCUUGGUGGACUGUGCUUCGUCCCACUUGAAACACAAGAAAUUCACUUCGGCAUAUGGUUCACGUUUGCCCUCUUCUAGUGGAAGAAUAUUGCUCCAAAGUGUUCCAGGAACGGAACUAUAUCGAGAGAGAAUGAUUAGAGCACUUGCUCGUGAUUUGAAAGUUCCUCUAUUGGUGCUCGACAGCAGCGUUCUUGCUCCCUAUGAUUUUGGUGAUGAUGGUGUGUCUGAAAACGAUUCAGAUGAUGAACAUGCAGUCUCUAGUGAAGAGUGCACUUCCGAGUCAGAAGCCGAGGAUGAAAAUGAGGAAGAGUGGACUGGCAAUGCUGAGACGAAAUCAGAUGCAACUGAAGACGAGGAAAUUGAUGUACAGGCAUCGGUUGAAGCUCUUAAGAAGCUUGUACCUUUCAAUCUUGAUGAGUUUGAGAAGCGAGUAUCCGGUGAAUGUGAAAGUUCCUCUGAAACCUCUAAGUCUGAGUCAGUUGACAACCAGACUGCUGAUGAUUCACAACGACCUAUGAGGAAAGGUGAUCGUAUCAAGUACGUUGGGCCAUCUGUGCAAGUUGAAUCAGAUAACAAGAUCUUAUUGGGGAAGAUUUCAACAUCUGAUGGGCCGAUGAAUGCUUAUACUAUUAUUCGUAGCAGAGAGAUACUAACUGGGCAGUGUGGCGAGGUAUAUGAGGUCGAGAAAGACCGUGUAGCUGUCAUUUUGGACAAGGGAGAAAAGGAUGGUGGCACAGAGCAAGAUGCAAAACCUCCAAUAUACUGGAUCCCGGUGAAGGAUGUCGAGCGUGAUCUUGAUGCUCAGGCUGAGGACUGUUAUAUUGCUAUGGAAGCUUUGUGUGAAGUUUUACAGUCGCAGCAACCUCUCAUUGUUUACUUUCCAGAUUCUUCUUUGUGGUUGUCACGUGCAGCUCCCAAAUCCAAUCGUACUGAAUUUGUUAGCAAGGUUGGAGAAAUGUUUGACCGACUAACAGGGCCAUUGGUUCUGAUUUGUGGACAAAACAAAGUUGAAACUGGUUCCAAAGAGAAAGAGAAAUUCACGAUGAUACUCCCAAAUUUUGGCCGCCUUGCUAAGCUGCCUCUCCCCUUGAGAAGAUUGACAGAAGGACUUAAAGCAACGAAGAGAUCUGAUGAUACUGAUAUAUAUAAGCUUUUCUCAAAUGUCAUGUGCAUACAUCCACCAAAGGAGGAAGAGCUACUUCGAACUUUCAAUAAACAACUUGAAGAAGACAGGAGAAUAGUAAUUUCACGCAGCAAUCUGAACGAACUGCAUAAGGUUCUUGAAGAGCAUGAGCUGUCUUGUUUGGCGUUGCUGGAGGUUAGCACUGAUGGUGUUGUCUUAACAAAACGAAAGGCCGAGAAAGUUGUUGGCUGGGCCAAGAAUCAUUACUUAGCAUCAUGCCUACUCCCUUCUAUUAAGGGGGAAAGACUCAAUUUGCCUCGUGAUAGUCUGGAGGUUGCAAUUUCGAGGUUGAAGGAGCAGGAAUCCAUAACAAAGAAACCUUCACAAAAUUUAAAGAACCUUGCAAAGGACGAGUAUGAGAGUAACUUCGUUUCAGCAGUAGUUCCUCCUGGUGAAGUAGGUGUCCAGUUUGAUGAUAUUGGUGCUCUUGAAGAUGUGAAGAAGGCAUUAAAUGAACUUGUUAUUCUUCCCAUGAGAAGGCCUGAGCUAUUUUCUCGCGGAAAUUUGCUGCGGCCUUGCAAGGGAAUUUUGUUAUUUGGGCCUCCGGGAACUGGUAAAACUCUUCUUGCCAAAGCACUUGCAACUGAGGCAGGGGCCAAUUUUAUUAGCAUUACUGGCUCAACUUUGACAUCAAAGUGGUUUGGAGAUGCUGAAAAGCUUACCAAGGCUCUUUUCUCCUUUGCUAGUAAGCUGGCACCAGUCAUUAUAUUUGUUGAUGAGGUUGACAGUUUGCUUGGUGCUCGUGGUGGUGCCUUUGAACAUGAAGCGACUAGAAGAAUGCGAAAUGAAUUUAUGGCAGCCUGGGAUGGAUUAAGGACAAAGGAUAGUCAAAGAAUUCUUAUCCUUGGUGCGACAAAUCGGCCGUUUGACCUUGACGAUGCUGUCAUUCGUCGUUUGCCGAGAAGGAUAUAUGUGGACCUGCCAGAUGUAGAUAAUAGAAUGAAAAUUUUGAAAAUAUUUCUUGCUCAAGAGAACCUUGACCCGAAUUUCCAGUAUGAUGAGCUGGCAAAUGUCACAGAAGGAUAUUCUGGGAGUGAUCUGAAGAACCUUUGCAUUGCUGCAGCAUACAGACCUGUCCAAGAACUUUUGGAAGAAGAGAAUAAGGUUGAUAAGAAUGAUACAUCAGCUAUACUACGUCCACUUGGCUUGGAUGAUUUUAUACAGUCAAAAUCAAAGGUGGGACCUUCAGUUGCCUAUGAUGCAACCAGCAUGAAUGAACUGAGAAAGUGGAACGAACAGUACGGAGAAGGUGGAAGCCGGAGAAAGUCACCAUUUGGUUUCUGAAGCAGUAGAAAACGCAUUGCCGUGGUUGUUAAUUCUUCCAGGGGUGGAUUGAACAUCACUAUGAAGAUGGAAAAAUUUUCAGUUUUCAUGAUCUCAUGAAUGAGAUAGGGAAAAGGAAGGUGAACAAAAUGAGGUCACCAAGAGGACAGGGCUUUCUGUGUCCUUUAACCAGAAAGCCUGAGCAGCUUGGAGAAAGCUUGCUGUUGUAUGAAAUACUUUACGGGCGAAAAGUUUGCCAUAGGUCAUGUAAUUUAGAAAUAGGUCUUAAGGUGUUUUUUUCUUUCUAAUUUCUAACUUUUAUGUUCAAUUUAAAAAAUAUAUACUUCACUUUUACCUUGAUAGGAUGGGAGAUUUAGGUUUAUCCUUGCUUUCUUUGGUGCUAAAUGGGGGUGGGCCGUGGGGCGAAGGUCGGAGGAAGACGAAAGGGAAGGCGUGCGGCGGGAGAUGUUGUGCCUUAGGAAUCAUGAGUGAGAGAGAGGAGGCUUCAUUCUGUAUGUAUUUCUAAGAAUGCAUGUAAUAAACGUUGGUCCUCGAUAAUCAUUUUCCUAUAAAAUGUAUUCUUCGGUAGUAUAAAGAUUUUGAGUGCAGUUUAUUGCCA